AUGCCUUCGCCCACUCCGGAGUACGUGAUAACCCUAGACUCGUCCGAUGAAGAUUCCGGCGACGUUGAAGUUGUCGACUUCCAGCGUGAAACCCAAGACCUCCUAAAUAAUCCUCAACAAGAAUCAAAAACAAAAGCGUUGCACAACCUAGAGUGCCCUAUAUGCUUUGAUACAAUCACCACCGCAACAGCUACCCCCUGUGGUCACGUUUUUUGUCUUGAAUGCUUACAACAGAGUGUUUCGAGUUCCACUGCCCGCGGUCAAACUGCAAGACACGGAGUGGGAUUGUGUCCACUAUGCCGUAUGAAAGUCAAUUUCAAGGACACCAUGGUGCUUCGGAUGAAACCUGCCCAUGCGCUGGUGCUUCCGCCGGAUCCAGAAGAGCUAGAACCGGACCACGAGGCAACUGACAACCGCCUCAUUUCCGAAAAUAGUUGA